AUGUUUGAGCAUGGGAACGUUAUUGUCAUUAAAACAAGUGAAUUUCCACAAUAUGCGCAGCUGCAGCAGACUAAAGAACAUUGUGGCAGUGAAUGUCUUCCCCCUCCACUGUCCUCUCCGUGUUGUUCCAGCCAGGGCUCCAUUUCAGAGGGCGGAGAUGGAAUAUUCAGAUCAGCUGAGUGACAGCUCGUGUUUUCCACGGUUCUCAGAACUCCACUGGCUCCUUCCUCCAACUCCUCACUUCAGAGUUGAGGCUACUAAAAACAUCGGACGCUAGGGGAUCGAGACGUCGCCUGCCUCUAUGUGCAGGGCACUUUACUGAUAAUUUGGGGGUUCGCUUUUUAAUUAUUUUUAUUUGAAUUGUCUAAAGAUCUGUUUAGUGAGCUCAUUAUUCUACAGAAGUCAAUUUUCCGUGCUUUCCUCUUUGGAAUCAGCAGCAACAGACUCUCAGUGAGGCAUGUCUUACCCCCAGGGUUACCUCUACCAGCCGCCGGGCUCCCUGGCUCUCUACUCCUGCCCGGCUUACGGGGCUUCAGCCCUGGCUGCCCCGAGGAGCGACGAGCUGGCCAGGUCGUCCAGUGGAUCAGCCUUUAGUCCUUACCCCGGAUCAGCUGCUGCCUUCACGGCUUCAGCCAGCGGCUUCUCCAGUCCAAUGCCAUACUCCACAGACCCUGCCACGGGAUUCCCUUCCUACAUGAGCUCUCCUUACGACGCGCAGGGCAUGGCCGGGGCGCUCAGCUACCACCCCUACGGUAGCCCGGGAUACCCCUACCAGCUCAACGACCCGGCCUACCGCAAGAACGCGACCCGAGACGCCACCGCCACGCUGAAGGCCUGGCUACAGGAGCACAGGAAGAACCCCUACCCCACCAAGGGAGAGAAGAUCAUGUUGGCCAUCAUUACUAAGAUGACCCUGACGCAGGUGUCCACCUGGUUCGCCAACGCCAGGAGGAGGUUGAAGAAGGAGAACAAGAUGACGUGGGCUCCCCGGAAUAAGAGUGAGGAUGAGGACGAUGGAGACGGAGAGAGGAAUGAUGACCGCUUGGAGAAAAAUCUUGACAACAGCGAGACGUCCGCGGAGGAUGAAGGUAUCAGUUUGCAGGUUGAUACCCUUACAGACCAUUGUUGUUCAGCGGAGUCUGAUGGGGAGAAGGUGAGCUGUCGAAUCGGGGACCUGGUCUGUGAGUCUGGGUCAGAUACUAAGGACAAAUGUGAGGAUGAUGAUCACGAACUGGAGAAUGAUGAACGACACCGAAGCCUGUCACCUAAACCUGUGACAUCAUCACCACUAACAGGGCUUGAGGCCUCGGUCUUAAACCAUCACCACCGGGAAAACAACAACAAAUCAUGUCUUGACAGCCGAAUCUCAGGUCGUCACAAUCAAGCCGUCAAACCCAAACUGUGGUCGUUAGCGGAGAUCGCUACUUCAGACCCGAAGCAGCAGCAGCAUCAACCGGGGCAGACUUGUCCAUCCCUCGGUCUUCUAACCUCCACCUCCUCCACCCCCUCCCCGGCCGUCCCUGGCGCUGUGUACUCCGCCUCUUCCAUUUUAGGACGACCCAUCUACUACACGUCUCCGUUUUACAGUAAUUACACAAACUAUGGCAACUUCAGCCCGCUGCAGGGUCAAGGGAUUGUGCAAUAUAACUCUGCUAACGACGGACUCACACAGACUGCUGCUGAGGUCAGCACCAUGCAUAAACACACCACUGACUCUCUGCUUAAAACGAACGCUAACCACAUUGAACAGUUCAGACCCUCACAUGUAUACUCUAAGAAAGGUACGUAACAUGCAAUUGUAGUUUCAAAAGAAGGACUUGUAUUUUAUGCAUUUUGAAUUCACUUCAUUGGCCUUUGACUGAAUAUGUGAUGUUUUGAAACAGAUGUCCCUAAGCAGAAGGCUUAUAAAGGCCUCCGUGUAAUCAGUGCUAGUGUAGGCCUGAGUUGGCGGUAGCUGUAAUGUCGGCCUGUGUGUCAGACUGUCUCUCAGGGCAAUAAGCAGAGAUAUGUUGUUGUCAUAAACAGAGGUUCUAUUAACAGAACGUCUUGAGACCCGCUCACACAGUAGGAACGCAGCAUUACUUAAAAAUAUCACUUUAGUUGGAUUGGUUAUUAUGGACUACAAAUGAUGGGGUUUUAGAAUUGGUUACACAAUAAUUAGAUACCAUCAUGUUUUAUUUUAACAACAGUUGUGCAAUUUUUUAUUAUAGUAUCAGUGACUGGUGGGCCACUUUCUUGUUAUUUAAGACCUUUACCUCUGCAACUUCAGCUCUUACUUAAUACAACCUGGGAAGGACUUUAGGACAAACUCUGUGGGCUAAAGGUGAGGUUCUGAUUCAGGUCUAUAGGUAGGUGUCACAAUUGCUUUGACUAAAGCCCCGAGCCAUCACCCCUGCACCCUGGUCUUAACACUAACCUAACUAACCUUUCUCUAAAGGGGAGAGCUGCAUCUUGCUCCUCAGACAAGACGCCUGGCCUGCAGCACUACAGCUGUUCUCCUCAGAGACAGGCCCGAAGGAUUAAUUAAACCUGAUUCAGGGUUGGGGGAUGAAUUAACCCUGACUCAUUCUAUCAUUUCACUUUCGUUUUCAUGAGAUGUGCGUUGACUGGCUCAGUAAAUGUCCCGCUUUAUGUGAUAAUUUUGGAAGACGUUAUUUCUCAGGAUGCAUCUGCUUCAUUGCCACGGUACAUUAUACUUUAUGUGAAGAGAAUAUUAGAUAUAUUAUACUUUAUGUGAAGACAAUAUUAGGUAUAUUAUACUUUAUGUGAAGAUAAUAUUAGAUAUAUUAUACUUUAUGUGAAGAUAAUAUUAGAUAUAUUAUACUUUAUGUGAAGAUAAUAUUAGGUAUAUUAUACUUUAUGUGAAGAUAAUAUUAGAUAUAUUAUACUUUAUGUGAAGACAAUAUUAGGUAUAUUAUACUUUAUAUGAAGACAAUAUUAGGUAUAUUAUACUUUAUGUGAAGAUAAUAUUACGUAUACUAUACUUUACGUAAAGUCGAUGUUAGGUAUACUAUACUUUAUGUGAAGAUAAUAUUAGGUAUACUAUACUUUAUGUGAAGAUAAUAUAAGGCCUGCUGUAUCUUGUUUGUAAAGGAUGUAUGAGGUCUGGAGAUGGGGCUGAGGAACCUGACGAAUCUAAUACAUUUGAUAUUUAUUUUUUUAAUCAUGGACAAUGCUGCCUAUAAUUUAUGCAAGUUGUAUUGCAAUGGACACUGAACAUUGUUUUGUAAAUACAUUAUUCCCGUUUUUAUUUGAAACGUAUUUGAAAGUUACAGAAUCUUGUUAACAAGAGUACUUUUACUAAUUUAUAUCUUAUUGUAAAUUAAACGCGCUAGUGUGUUAUACUGGCGAGUUAGUGCUAUUUAUUAUUCAAAGGAAAACCAAAUUAAAAUGUUUUCCUCUGUAUUUCAAUCUGCUUUCAUUUUUUCAUUCAUCUCCUUUAUAUUGUCGCAUGAAAAUGUAUUUCUCUUUGGUUAGGCUACUGCUUUUAGAAAUCGAAUUAUUAAUCAUGUGUAAACGAUAAGACUUUUGGGAAUGGCAUAGCCUGUAUUAAUU